AUGGAUGAAUUCGAUGUGUUGAGCGCAGGCAAUGGUGUGGGUUCCGAGGAGGACCCGGCCGCUGCUUUCCUGGCCCAGCAGGAGAGCGAGAUAGCGGGCAUUGAGAACGACGAGGGCUUCAGCAUCCUGGACAGCGGAGAGGUGCCGUCGUCCAUGGGAGACGAUGGUGCUAUCAACGGAGAUCUUCAUGGGGAAAGUAACGGCCCUUCAGAUGCCUAUGCAGCUAUUUCAAAUGCUGAUCGUCUUCAGGCUGAGCCUGAAAGCCUUCGCAAGUGGAGAGAGGAGCAGAGUGAGAGACUGGAGGUGCUAGAUGCCAAUUCUGUGAAGCAGGAGUCGGAAUGGAAGGAAAAGGCAAAAGCAGAACUGGAGGAGUGGCAUGCUCGGCAGAAUGAGCAGCUGGAAAAAACAAAGACCAACAACAGGGUUCUGGAUGAAGACUUCUACAAACAGCCGUUCUCUGAUCUCAUUGGUUAUGUGGCGGCUGAAGAGGCUAUGGUUUCAGACCUGGACGAGAACAACCCUGGAACUGAGUGGGAGCGUGUGGCCCGUCUCUGCGACUUCAACCCAAAGUCCAGUAAGCAAGCCAAAGACGUGUCCCGCAUGCGCUCCGUGCUCAUCUCUCUCAAGCAGUCUCCUCUGGUUCGUUAA